AUGGCUGUUGAUAUUUCCAGUCUGUCGACUUUCAGCAAGCCACUACUUUGUUCCAACAGCAAGCAGGAGCCGUGUCAGGCACGGACUAGCUUUUCAUGUAAGAGCUGUCACAUGGUUAAAUACUGCUCAAAGGAAUGUCAGACUGCAGAUUGGUCACGUCAUAAGAAGAGAUGUAGAUCCCAAUUCAUGAAAGGCACUUGGGCGCCCGAGUGGUAUCGCGAUAACCGUCUACCUGCUUUUUUGGGUGGUCCCGUACUCAGCACGUUCGGCAACAGAAAGUAUCUCUGGGGCAACAUACCUGCCCUUGAUAUUCUGCAGCUUGAAGAUAAUGAAGGCAGGACCAGUGCAACAAGUCACGACUUCAGCCUUCUCUUUGCCGCAUCGGGCGAUCUUCGAAACGUCAUCAAAACCAUCGCUGGGCUGCCAGAUGGAUACAAAGGUAGAUGCGUUGCUGUUGUGAACGACAAGGAUUUCACCAUCGUGGCUCGCAAUGUCGUAAUGCUUUUCGUGGCGCUCCAAUUUGAGCCAGACAUUGCAGUGCCAAUGAUUAUCCAUUUAUGGUACUCAGCAUUACUUCCUCGCUCUAUUAUACAGACUCUUGAUGCAAUACAGGCAAAGACAUUUGAAAUAAAUGGCCAAAAGCUAAGAAUAGCAUUGGAGAGAGACAAAUGGGCUCGCUUGGUAACCUUUUGCCGGGUUCCAGAAGGAUUGUCAGCAGAAGCUGCUCAAAAAAUUCGCUGCCGCAUCAUGCUAGCUACCGAGAGAGUUGAUUACCGUGACCGGGCUCUGCUGAACAUGCCUGCUGGUGUCCGCCAAGGAGAAAUGCACUUUCGCGAUACUGGCAUCUUACUGCCUUAUGGUUGUUCACUUACAGAGUUUGAAACACCCAACCCCACGCUCUUCGUUGAAAAUGAAUGGCCAAUGAAAGACGAUGCUAGUCCCCGCCGUGGCUGGCUUUUUGAUGAGUACAUGGCGGACGCUCCGGCUGCAAAAGCAGACGAGUUCGGUGCCAUCUUUUUUCACAUCAGAACACUACUUCUUAAGUUCUGCGGUCGGCUACGGAGCUCCGAUAUCUCGUUCUGGAUGUUCAACAUGGAUGCUCAAGAUAUAGGAAGCUAUCUAGAUGACAUGAAGUUUGACCGCAUCGAGAUCUCUAAUAUAUGCGAUCGAGCUUAUCUCGGCCCGCACAUCUGCCUCGAGGUCUUCUCACCACUCCUCAAGCCGACUUCACAGAACCCAAAUGCCACACUGCUCAUGCUCUUCCUAAAUGCUGCCCAGGAAACUGAGAACGAAGCAAACACGCCAGAAGAUAAGCAGUCGACUGUAAAGGAGAGGAAUCGCCUCGACGAGUACAUCCCGAUCGGUAAACCCCGUGAAGAUAUGGCUAGAGCUCCGAUGAAACUGAUUACACAUCCUAACAUAAUCUUGCGUGCUGUCUGUUCCGAUAUGUUCAAACCGUGGGACAAGUACUUCAAUAUUUUCAUGGACAAGUGCAAGAUCACCCAGUUCGCUACGCAGUGUGGGAUGGCUAUCAAGGAGGAACACACCAUUGUCCAGCCUUGGCCGUACAGGGUUGAGGAUCAAACGACAAAAGAGGAGUUUGAUAUUCUGCGUGCUAGUGGUACAACUGGGUCUGAGCGAUACAUGGAAUUUCAGAAGCUUGGAACUACCGCUAAUGAUCCAAGCAUUGCAUUUGCUAAAAUGCAGUUGUAG